AUGCCAGAACAUUUGAAACGAAAGGCAAGCGAUGGUUCUGCUAAAGAUGCUGAUGAUAAAAAUCCAUCAGUGUCGUCGAAACAAUCGGAAAUUGAUGAAGAUAAUGACUUUAUUGAAACAAGUGCAAAUAAAACACUUCAAGCUGUACAAGAACAUCAUUCCACACAACAAGUAUCAACAAGUGCAGACAUGGUUAUUCAGAAUGUCAUUGAUGAUGAUGGUAUUGAUUUAAAAGCAAUAGGAAAGUGUCCAAAUAAAAAAAAAAAAGCAUCCAAAGAAAAUGAUUCUGUGAGCGUCGGUCAAGCUGAUGACGAUAAUGUGACUAUCACUAUCUAUUUUCUUGCUGAAUAUACUUUUAUAUCAAGUGCUAAAGAAGCAGAUAUAAUGGAUGAUAAUAAUUAUUUAUAUAUUAUGUUUUAUUGUAAUCCACAGUUUCAUUUACAAGACGAUUUGUUUGUCGACGAUGGCAAAACACAUUCUGAUAUAUUCAAACGCCAUUGCGCUGUAGUUAUUGCUUUAUGGCAACGUGUAACAUCGUCACGAGGAAAAUCAGUUAAAGACACACAUAUACCGAUGUACAAUGUUAUGUUUUCGCCAUUAAUGUUGGAAUUUAUAUAUAAUUCAAGAAAAAAAUUCACAGCACACCAACUAUUACCGGCCAAUAUUGCUAAACAAUAUUGUUUAUUACAUGGAUUGAAACUAGUGGAACGCGGACAUGGUAGUUUCGCUGCGACUUUUUUAUCGAAGGCAGUUAAUCAACUAAGAGCGACAAUAGAAAAAUAUGAAACGGCAAUCGUUAAAAAUUUUUCAGUUUUUGGCGGUGGUACAGCUGCUCAUGAUAUAUUUCUAAAUCAUGAAGAAUAUUUAUAUGGUUUGAAAUAUAAAAGAACAAAAACGAAACUAGCAAGAUAA